UCACUUUCAGACACAAAAAUCAACAUCAAAACAAAAAGAAAAAAAGAUUUGCUAGAAAAGUUUGGUUGUUUUCCAAAUUGCCACAAAGUUAGUGAAAUCUGGAAUAUCAGUUUAGAAAAAAACUAGUUAUUCAGGAAAUGGGGAAAUAUUCGAGCGAAUCUGAUUCGUCCGAUUCUGGGCGCGGAGGACGAAAAUCAAAAACCGUAAAAAGUAGCAGCAGCCGGUCUCAUCGAACCAAAGGCAGGUCUCCAUCUACGUCUCCUGGAAACCCAAGCAGACACAAAAGCGAGUCGUACUCUUCGCGGCACAAAAAGAAGUGCAAAAGUCGCAGGUCCAGAAGCAGAGAUCGGUACGGUAGCAGCAGCAGUAAAAGCCGACGAGGAGGAAAAUACAGUCGCAGGUCAUCAAGCUCCAGUUCAACCGAUUCUAGGACUAAAAGCAGCAAAAGAUCUCCGUCCGUCUCGUCAUCUUCAACAACAAAUUCUAACGCAGCACCUUCGGUUCGAGACCUGGCAGGAGUUAUUAGUGCAGGGAGCAACGACCUCUUGAGCUCGGCGGAACAAUUACGUUUGAAAGUGCAAAAAGCCAUCCAGGCGGCAAGUGACUUGAAGCAGCGAAAGGCUGAAGAGCAAAUGUUGUUAGCACCCCCAGUGAUUUCUCAAUCGUCCAUUGAUGAAAUCAACGCGGAUGGAUUUGCCCCGAAGUCGUUCUUGUCAGCUCCAAGAAAUAUUCCGGACAUUCCCCUGCCCACUGUGGUUGAUCUCACCGCAGAACCAAAGAAGGAAGACAGCGGCAUUGUCAGUUCCGUGCUUCUGGAUGACGAGCCAGCCCGAGAGGAGCGCUGGGCACGCAAGCUGCUUGCCAUUCGUCAGCAAACCAGAUUGGGCAGUUCAGGAAAGAACUUGGGAGUGCAGGCGUGAUAUGAAAAAUUUAGGUAUUAAUUUUAAAUUGUGAAUAUUCUUGGCGAGUAAUUAAAUAAUUUUAAGUAUUGAUUCAAGCAAAUUUGCAUCUUAUUCAAUAUUUAUUAGUAACGACCAGUUUUAUUUGCUCUUUAUGGAAAUGUGAAAGUAAUACAAAAAUUUUUUAUAUUAUCAACCCCAAGCUGGGGUGAGAGAAUAAUGAAAAACUAAAUUUCCGUCUGAGCCAAAACACUCGUACAAAUUUGCAAUCACUUGGUCCGGGCAAGGGGCGAAAGAUUGAUUUAAGUACAGAAACUGCAAAAAUAAUCAAUUAGGCAAAGUAGCUUUUAUAAAAUUUUAUAACAAACCAGAUUAUCGCCUGCUUCCAACUUUAAAUAUCGACGAAUGAAAUCCAUUAUCCAGCCAAUUGUCUUAUCCUGGCCAACAGCCCAUUUCUUUUUCUUCAUUAUCGGCGCAUUUCCGGCUGCUUUCAAAAGAAUUUCAACUGAAAAUUUAAUUUUCUUAAUUUAAUUAAUGAUGUUCGAGUGUUGCGUUGUAAAUUCUUUUACCCUUAGAUUUGUCAGUUCCCGCAGCUUCUGCCGAUGCGUUCUCAGUUUUGUCGACUAGACUUUGUUGCUCCUCGGUAGGAGAGCUGUCAGAUUUUUCCUCGCUCAUUUUCUGCAAUUUUUUUUCUUUUAAACCGAGACUUUUGUGUGAAAAUAUAUGAAUUAUAAAUUAAAACUUAAAAAUUUAAAAAAUUAUGAUGAUCACCAUGUUAAAAAGUACAUAAAAGUAAAAAGUUUUUGUAUUACACUAUUGGUUGAUCUAAAUUUUAUCAAAUUAUCGUUAUUUACUUAGCAUGGCAUAUAAUCCAAUUAAAUUUACAAACCUCUGCUUGCUUAUGAUUUGGUUACAUCUCCUCAAUUUUGAUUCAAAGCCUUGAUUUUUCAAAGUUUUCAAAAAUUCAAAGUUACAGCUUGAGGACUAAACCAGACACCAGACUAAAAUUCAAUAACAAAACUGAACGCUAUCUGGUGUGCCAUUCGGGAAGUAGAGAGGAUAGGACGUCUCACGUCAAUUUUCAGUCCUUACUUUGGCGUUUGCUUUAUAAUUUUGAAAUAUGGAUUCAGCGGAUUCAAAUUCAAACUAUUAACAAUAAAUUUUUAAAGAAUUAAAGCUGUUAAUCUAUUGCAGCAAAAAUUAAUUAAAUAAAAAAUAAAGUGUUUUUUCCAACAUUUGAAUUUUUCAUAAGUUUGGAAAGAAAAGAAAUCAGAUAAAGUCAUAUUUACAUUAUUUGUAUUUAUAUUUUCAUCCAAUAUUUUAUUUUUUUACUAAAAAUUUUUUCUUUGUAAAUACAAGCAAUCUUGUUGUAGAGUUUCACGAUUGAGGGUUUCGAUUCCUGGGUGAUUUUAAUUGAAAUUCGGCUUUUCCUCGAUGGGUUUUGUGAGUUUUUUUAACGAGAAUUAGUAUAAAAGUCAAUUUUAUAAAAAUAUUUCCCUUUCUAGUUAAAAAAUUUGUAGUGAAAAAUUAUUUACACAAAACAAAUUUCAACAAAAAAAUUUGAGAGUUGAAUUCAAAAUUUUUAACAAAUUAAUUUACAAAAUAAUCUUGGUCGUGUGUUUUGAGCGUACCUUUCGCGGCGCUCGUCAAGAGAAGACUUAAUUAUUUUUCGUUUGGUUUUUCAGGUAAACAAGAUAUUUUUAAGAAAAAUGCAAUUUAUUCAUUUGUCGCCACUAAUAUCGAAUAACGUGAUCUUAAGAAACUAAAUUAAAAAGCGCCAUUAAUUUUUUCUGUAAAUUUUUGCUUUGGUUGAAAAUUGCUAAAUUAGUUUUUAUUCUGGACGGUUUGUUAAUUAUUCGUUUACUUGCUGCUUUCAUCGCCAAAAUGAAAUAUAUUAUUUUCGGCGCGUGCGAUGCUGUUGUGAAUUUCUUGGACGCGGCGCCACUCGGUUUUUGCUCCAAAUCGAUAAACUUUUUUCUCGCUUACUCGGUGCAGACAUCCUGUUUGAUAGUGAUAUCUGAAAGCAUUAAUUUCAGCUGCCUUGUUUCAUUUAAGUUGAAAUUCUGCUGCACCUCAUCGACCUGCAAAAGUUGUCAGCGGCCUUUUUCGUGUCCUCCGUCUCUGCUCCUUUCCCUCUCGCCAAUUUCCAUUCUUGCGCCAUGCCUACUCCGUCCACAAUUUUAAAAGUGCCCACCUCGAAAUUGACCCAAUGAAUUGCGCUUGGGUUCAACCGCGGUUGGCGCAGAGCGUCGAGCAAAAAUUCCCAAAUAAUGACUGAAAAUCAAUUUUAUUUAAUGGCAGGUUGAAAGUUUUGGAUUUAAUUGAUUAUAUUAUACGUCUUGUGUGAGGUUUAUGUGGACCACAAUUAUCAGAAUUAUCAUUUGACUGAUUCGACAGAUUUUGCAAGUUAAGUCCCACCACUGGAAAAAUUGCAAGUAAUUUAUUAAUUUUUUGAUGUUUUUCUUUUUGAGAACAAUAAAUUUCUUACUUACGGUGUGGCGAAAUUUCCUUAAUACUAGCUGUGGUUAUCAGCAUCUUUAUGAUUGAUGGGCUUCCUUUACCAAGAACCGCCAAAAACUAUUAAUCGCUAUCACUAGCGAAAAUUCAACUGCUCCACUUAUCGUAAUAUAUUUUGUUUGACCCUAAAUGAAGCACACUUCCCCCAUUUCCUCCUAGAGUGGUGUAAAAAAUUUAAAGAUAAGAAAGAGAGAAAAACCUUCUUAGUUAGUGUGCUAUAAUUUUUGACAGUUGAUUUCUCCGGCUAACCAAGUAACAAUAUAUUAAUGACUGAAGAAUUUGCGUGCAACAAGCACGGAAGUCGGAACUUGCACGGAGCGUAAAAUUAGGAAGUAGGGAGAACUGUGGUUUUUUUUAUUUAUAAUGAGAUAAGGUUCUAAUUACAAAAUAUUUAUUUUGAAUUUUUUUAUUGGGCUCCUAUAUACGAAAAUUUUUUUGUUGAGUAGUUUUUAAUUAAAAUUUUAAUUAUUAUUUUAUUAAAAAAAAUUAUAUUUAACAUGUUUAUUCAAAGCCACAAAACUCACAAAGUCAUUUGGAUGCGUGCCUUUUUAUAUCAAUAAAAUUUGUAUAUUAUAUCAAUGGAAAUGUAUGUAAAUCCAUGAUACGUAUUUGCAGGAAAUUAUUGCAAGUUAAAUUUGGGUUAUGGAUUUUUUUUUAAAUAAAUUAAAGGGUUUAAAUUCAUUCAAAUGUUGUAUAGCACUUCCUCUUCUUGUGGCACUAUUUUCCAUUCCUGGUUGCAACUUAUGCCAAACCUGUACACGCCUUUUCCGUGACUUUUCCUCAAAUUUUCGAUAUGACCAGACUUAUAGUAUCCUCUGCAAUCAAAGCAAAUUUUACUGUAAAGAGUUUUUCCAAAAUUAUUUUUACUUUAUAUACCUCGUCCCUCUUAAGAAAUACUCGCAAUUAGCUGUUUUUGUGGUUUUUGUUUUACUGUCUUUUAUUUCUGAUUGUGCGGCGUUUUUCCAUUCUUCGGCCAGGAGUUGCAAAUCGAUUAUUUUGAAAAUUCCGUCAUUAUAGCUCACCCACGUGAUCACACGUGGGUUAAAAUUUGGAUCACGCAAUAAUUCGAUGAAGAAACGCCAAAGAAUUUCUGAAAAUUGAAUGAAAAUUUGAAUUAUUUUUAAAUAUUUCUCAAUUAUUAUUAUUAUUAUGGUGUAAUUUAUAUAAUUAAUUAUUUACAACUAAAUCUCGUCAUAAAAUCCACACAAAAAGGAGUGCAAAAUGUAUCCUAAUGCACUUGUUAUAAAAUUUAAUUUGAUUUAACUCUUAAUUAAAUAUGAAACAAAUAUCAGAACCAGGAUAAUUAUAACCUUUUUACAGCGAUUAAUAAGGGCGCAUUAUUGGCGUGGGCAUUUCAUUAAUAAUAUUACACGUACCUCUCUUUCUUUUUCCUGGAGCACCUACAGAGCGUUUCAAAGAAGGGAAAUAAUCUUCGAAAACUGAAAUAUUUUGUUAAAAUUUUAGAUAAUGAACAAUUUUUAACUCCACAAAAGGAAAUAAUUUUCUCACAGUCCCUUGAAAUAACUUUGGUGCUUGCACUUGACUUCAACAUGUUGCAACGUCUGUAUAAAGAAGGAAACUAAUUCGGAAUCCGCCUAUCACUGUAAACUGGAAUAUAAUGUAAAAUGUAGCUUUAUAAAGCCUGUGAUAACCUAUCACCCUCACUCAGCGCAUUUUGCUAAUUUUUCCUCUCACCCACAUCUUCUGCUAAUGCUGUCGUCUCAACCAAGAAAUAUCUACUGAAUAAAUAAGAUUUUUUAUUACAAUAUCCACACAAGUUGGGAUAAAUAAAUGUGUAUUUAGAAUUAUGCAGUUGUUGCCUGGAAUAAAUUAAUAAUAAUAAAAAAAACUAGUAUUUCGAAAAUUAUAAC